ACAUGGUUUGAUACAAACUUGCAAACAUAUAUCUAUACUUUGAGAAUAAAAGGAAGUUUCCAGUUUUAGAAUAUGUAGCCAGUUUUCCCUUGGUGGACCUCAGUAGGAAAAAAAAGAUUUUUAAUUAUCACAUUGGUCAAAAAAGGACUCUAUUUAUAGUCAAGUUUAUUUCAUACAUAGAGAUGAAGUAAUUCGAAGUAGGAACUUGAAAUAAUCUGCUUCAAUGCUGCUGCCAGAAAUGGACCCAAGAGAGAAGGCGACCUUGAAGAACUGCUUGAACUGCUUUUUGGAAGACCUUGACCCAACCUUGACCUUCCUCUCACAAAUGGUCUGUUCAGGGGUGAUAACAGAUGACCAAAAGGACAGAAUAGAGAAGCAGACGACCAGACAAGACAAAGUGAUCACUCUGCUGGAGAUCCUGCCCAGAAGAGGACCGAGGGCCUUCAAGAAGUUUGCAGUGAUUCUGCGCCAAGACUACUCGUGGAUCAGUGAGAAACUGGAACAGGAGUACCAAGUACAGGACUUCACCAAAAGGAUAGAAAAUGCACUUGAACAGAGAACCAAGAAGAUGGGUGAGCUGAUCAAGGACCGUGAUUACAUAAACCGAGUGAUAACAGAGACUGUGGUUCCUCUGAUGAUAGAGGAGUGUGGUACUAGUGUGUCCAGUGGUGCCAUGGGAUCAGGGUUUGAUGCCCCUCUCAAAGACAUCAUCAACGACCAUUUGAUACCACUUCUAAAUGGUAACAAUGGUCAUAGGACUCACUUAGAUUCCAUGCAUAGUGGUAUGUUACUGGAUAAAGUGGUGGAUAUCAUUCAGGACUUGAAGGAGAGAUGCUGUAAGACUCUGUGUUUGAGCGAUGUGACCGAGUUCCAUUCUCCUUUGCCAAUUCUGAUCGAGACUCGGCUUCAGGAACUGAGGGACAUCAUAACUGCCAUGAAGAAAGAAAACAAGAAGAUAAAAAAAAUGGAGGAAAAACUGAUCACCGAAAAUCAGAAACUAAAAAGUGAUUUAACAACUCAGAAAGCUGAAGUUAAAAAGGGAAAAACUGAGAGUGUGAAACAAAACUCUGAGAUCAAGAAAUUAAAAGACCAAGUGCAGAAAACUAAAUCUGACAAUGACAAACUGAAACAAGAGCUAGCAAAUCUGAAGGAACAGAUGAGCAAAGCAGGGAUGGAUCUUCAAAUAUCGUCAGACUUCACUUGAUUUCUACAAAAUUUAUAAUACUUUUUCUGCAAUCAAUAAUAUGAUAGCAUUUUAAAAAAUCAAAUUUAAAAGAAAAUAUUUUUUGUAUAAUCAAUUUUAAGGAUUGUGUCUCUUCAAGUUUAUGCUUCUUCAAAGAAGAGGAUAUUUGUUUGUUUGAGAGAGAGAGAGAGAGAGAGAGAGAGAGAGAGAGAGAGAGAGCAAAUAAUCUCCUUUAAGCUUGUCGGUUGCUAAGACUGGCUAAUAAUGUUUAUUUAAUAAAGAUAGUCAUUUUUAUUCUAUCUUAAAGAAAAAUAAACCAUUGUGCCAACACAA